AAACAUCAUUACACAAAAUGUUCUAAGUGUCUACCCCUGGUUUUUAAUUUCGUCAAAAAAAUUGAGGUUAGGGAUCAUUUGUUUUGAACACAAUGAGUGGUUUGGAGUGGUUGUUAUAGUUAAUUUAUAUAGAAAAUAAUCUCUAAAAGUAUUAUACCUCAAUAGAAAUGGCUUUUCGAUGCGUAAAAUUAUUACGAACUAUCGGAUCCAUAAACGCUAUUCGGCAUAAUUCACUGUCAACUACUGUAACUAUUCCUACGAACAUAAAAACAUUAAAACCCAAAGAGUUUAAAACUGAAGAAAAUUUGGUGUUUCUAGAAGAUCCCGAUACGUUUGGCACUCUAUCCCGUUUCUCUAAUCACAAAAAUAUUCCACAAGAUGAGGGAGAUGAAAAGGAAAGUGAUUUUUUAGAAAAUGUACCUCUCAAAUCUCAAAAGUUGACCAUUAAACAGUAUGCCGACAUAAUAAAGCAAUAUGUAAAACUUAAAAGAUUAAAAGAAGCAAUUGACGUAUUGGAAGUAAGAAUGUUACAAGUAGAUAGAGUUAAACCCGAAAAUUACAUUUAUAAUAUAUUAAUUGGAGCCUGUGCUGAUGUGGGAUAUACUAAGAAAGCAUUUAAAUUAUUUAAUGAAAUGAAGAGACGUGGUCUUAAACCCACUGGUGACACAUACACAUGUUUAUUUCAUGCUUGCAGCAACAGCCCCUGGGCAGCAGAUGGAUUAAAAAAUGCAAAACAUUUGAGAGAACUCAUGAUUGAAAAAGGUGUUGAUCCAAAUUUGACUAAUUACAAUGCCAUGAUUAAAGCAUUUGGCCGAUGUGGAGACUUAACUACUGCAUUUAAAAUUGUAGAUGAAAUGAUUGCAAAAAUAAAAAUUAGAGUGCACACAUUCAAUCACUUGCUGCAAGCUUGUAUUUCUGACAAAGAAAAUGGUUUGAGACAUGCAUUAAUUGUAUGGAGAAAAAUGCUGAGGUCAAGAGAAAAGCCAAACAUUUAUUCAUUUAAUUUAAUAUUGAAAUGUGUUAAAGAUUGCCAAUUAGGCAAUAAGGCAAAUAUUGAAGAGCUAAUAGGAAUAAUACAAGAACAAAUUACAAUAGAUGACAAAAAAAAUAUAUUGCAAAUUGAAUCUGUAAAUCAAGAUACAACAGCUAUUGAUACUCAACUGUUGGUUGCUAAAACACCUCCCAUUGAAAUUCAGGAUGAUGUGGGCUUAGUAGAGAACAAAAAAGUAGUACCCUACAACGGUCAACAUGAAAUACAAAUGCAAAUAGUAAACAGAAUAGAUAAAGCUAAUAUAAAUGAAAGAUUUGUACCUAAUCUACUAUCUAAAACAUUAAAAAUGGACCAAGUUUUGAAUUUGCAAGAAGUCCACACUUUGCAAGAAAAAUUUGCUAUUGUUGGAGGCCAAGAGGAUUUCUUAGAGGAAAUGAAUGCUUGUUUUGUUAAACCAGACAUAAAAACAUUAACACAGAUGUUGCCAUUGCUAGAAGAAACAGUUGAAGCUGAAAACAAAUUGCUGGAAACAAUGAAAAAGCUAGAAAUUAAUGCUGAUAUAGAUUUUUAUAAUAUGUUAAUUAAGAAGAGAUGUUUGAGAUCUGACUAUGAAGCAGCUUUUGAUGUAAAAGAAAUUAUUAAAAAGGAAGCCAAAUACCGGGAAAGCCGCUACCGUCUUAACAAAAAAAAGAGAUUGCAUGUAAAUAUCAUGACAUAUGGUGUAUUAGCCAUGGCUUGUAAAACUAGAUCAAAAUCAGAAGCUCUUAUAAAUGAAAUGAGAGAAGAACAGAUAAAAAUCAACAUCCAAAUUCUUGGCACAUUGUUACGACAAGGCACUGCACAUGUAGAUAUUGAUUAUGUUUUAUACAUAAUGGAUGUAGUGAGAGAAGAAAAAAUACCUUUGAACAACAUAUUUCUUAAACAUUUAGAGGAUUUUAAUGAGAAAUGUGCUAACAUUAUUAAAAAGCAAACAUUUCAGAAAAAUUCGAAAUCCGGUGGUUUUGAGAAGGCUUAUAAAAAGUAUUCAAAAGCAUAUACGAAAUGGCUGAAGGAAAUGGAUGUCGAAAAGGCUUUGGAACCGGAACAUCCUUGGCAGCAAUUUCGAGAAGAAAGUGUUGAAACUGUGCAAAGGCAGAAUAUUAAAAUAGUGGAGCCUAAAAAAUUUUAUAAAAGGAAUCGAAAAUAUGUGCCUUACGCGCCAAAGUUAUAAAUAAAAAAAAAUAAAGUAUUG